UUAAUAUUUUACUCAACAGAGCUCAUGCGGAUACAUAAUAGUGCAAAAUGACUCUGCAGAGAGAAAAUAAUAGAGAUCUUAAUUGUACAAGUUCAUCAUCAAAUGAUUUGAUCAAACAAUUCAAGAAGCGCAAAGGAACAGAAUUUAUUGAAGCCUCCAAAAGAAGAAAAACAGAAAGCAGCUCUGGUGUUGAUCAGAAGAACAAAACCAAGAAGUUUGGUUUUAAUGGUCCUUCACGCAAUGGCCCAUAUGGAAAGUUUGGCGGGAAAGGCAAGGAUCCUCAAGGCAAACCUGACUGGCGAGAAGUGCGAGCUGAGACCAAGUCUAGGAAGAAGAAGAGGAAGCAAAGAAGUGUUGGUGGAGAAGAACUCUACACAUCAUUUAUGAAGGCCAUAAAGCUCUGGGAAGAGUUGCGUCACACUGACUGCAAGAAGGAUCGGCGUCUGGAGCUAUGCCGGCAAGUUACCAAUCUUUUCAUUGGCAAUGUUAAAGUCUGGAUUAAGCAGGCCAGUGGCAUAAGGAUGGCUGAGCAUCUCAUUACACAUGGCGAUGCUGACAUCAGGCAAAGACUUUUUGAUGAAAUUUGCUCUAAAGAACAGAUAUUGGAGACCAUGAAAGAUUCCCACUCCCAUCAUUUUCUACUAAAGAUUCUCAAGCAUGGAUCUAAGAACCAGCGUGACCUGAUAUUUGCAGCAAUGGAAGGUCAGGUGGUUAGGCUUUCUAAACAUACCUAUGCAUCUAAUGUCAUUCAACUUGCAUACUCUGACUUUGCAACCUCUGACCAGCGUUCCAAGAUGAUGCAGGAGUUCUUUGGGCCUCGCUUUAGGUAUUUCAAGGAGGAAGGUGUGAAGACGCUUGGAGACAUCCUUGAGAAGCACCCUUCUAAGAAGAAGGAAGUUAUGGAAGACUUGAAGAAAGGAUUGCAGAUGAUAAUGCACAAGGGCAUCUUUAACAGCACUCUUAUCCUUGGUCUACUCAGAGAGUACAUGGUACACUGUGACGACCAAGUUGACUUCAAUCUUGUCAUCGAGUCAGUGGAGGACGGGCUGCUCCGUGUGGUGCAUACCAAAGAUGGCGCCAGGAUUGCCAUGAUGUGCCUGUGGCGGGGAUCUGCUAAGCAGCGCAAGACCAUCAUAAAGAGCUUCAAGGGCCACAUGAUUGAAGUUGCCACGUGGGAACACAGUUACAUGGUGCUCCUUGCGGCCCUGGACUGCGUCGAGGACACCAAGUUCCUUCAUAAGGCGGUGCUUGAAGUGCUCAUGGCUGAGAAAGAGAAAUUAUUGCAAUCUGAGUACGGCACUCGAGUUUUCAGGUACAUGGUGCUGGGAAGGAACGCCACGUAUGUCCACCCUGACAUUCUAAAGGUGCUGGAGUCGGGAGACGUGUGCAGUCAGAACAAGAAGCCGCGCGAUCUCUGUCGUCGCGAGAUCUUGCAAUACAUAAGUGGUCCCCUCCUGCAGGCGCUCACUGACAACCUGCCCCGCUGGUGUCGUGAUGCGCACUGGACGCUCUUCCUUGGGGCUGCAAUUCACGUCUUACCUGAAGCUGGCCUCAAGUGCGCCGCUAUGACGUCACUGGCGCAGCACUGUGCUGCCCCAGUGCCCGAGGAUGCAAAACCUUUGAUGGAUUUGGCACCAUUCAGCAAGAUGCUCUCCUUCCUUGUUGGAAAGGAUGCUGAAAACAAGAAAAAUAAAAUGCCACUCUUCACGUUAAUACUUAUCAAACAUGCUGGCGAGACAAUUGCAUCAUGGCUGAAAUGCAACAGAGGUUGUUUUCUAAUGGUCAAAGCCAUCGAGACGGAAGUUAAACGAGUCAUGGCGGCCGUUCGCGACCACGUCGCGCCGCACACUGACGCUAUCGACAAAAUCAAGAGCUCUGCAAAAGGUGCCGAACUUCUCCUCGAGAAGCUUAAACUGACAGAUGGUGUAGAGGCAUCAGAAGAUGAGGAAGAAAAAACGGGCAUUGAGGCAUAUGAGACUGAGAAAUUUGGUAAAACGAAGAAAUAUCACGGCAAAGUGCUUGAAAAUGAUUACAACGAUAGCAAGGACGAUCACAGCGAUGUCGAAACAGAUGUUCAUGACGAGAAAAUGGAAGAUGAAGACGGCGUUGGUGAAGAAGAAACUGAUGAAGAGGACGAAUGAUUAACAAUUUUUAAUGCUUGUCUUGUUUCCUCAACACAGUUCUUGC